AUGGAUUCCAUGACAAUGUUAUGUACAGCUGGUCUUCUACUUGGUGGCAUCUACUGGUUCAUCUACAUCCAUGGCGCAGCUGAACAAAAAGGCAAGCGUAUUACUAAUCUAACAGGCGGCUCAAUCUCCGCUGAAAAGAUCAAUGAUAAGUACCAUCAAUACUGGAGUUUCUUUCGACGUCCAAAAGAAAUCGAAACCGUCGACGAAGUCCCUGACUUCGUCGACACAUUCUACAACCUCGUUACUGAUAUUUACGAGUGGGGUUGGGGUCAGAGUUUCCAUUUCUCACCUCCUAUCCCCGGGAAAUCACAUCGAGACUCAACUCGUCUCCACGAAGAAAUGGCUGUUAAUUUUAUCAAGGUUUCACCUGGGCAAAAAAUACUCGAUGUUGGGUGUGGCGUGGGUGGACCUAUGCGAGCUAUUGCCGCACAUUCGAAAGCGAAUGUAGUUGGGAUUACUAUCAAUGAUUAUCAAGUUAAACGUGCAAAUUUGCAUAAUAAAAAAGGUGGAUUAACUUCACUUUGUGAAGUAGUGCAUGGUAAUUUCCUCGAUAUGCCCUUCGAUGAUAAUACCUUCGAUGGUGCGUAUUCUAUCGAAGCAACAUGCCAUGCACCUAAAUUAGAAGAUGUAUACGCGGAGAUCUUCCGUGUUAUGAAACCCGGAACACUCUACGUCUCUUACGAAUGGGUUACGACUGAGAAAUACAACGACGACGAUAGCGAACACAAGGAGAUCAUUCGAGGGAUCGAAAGAGGGGAUGCAUUGCCUGGUCUUAGAAACUACACUGACAUUGCGAAUGCAGCUAAGAAGGUGGGUUUCGAAGUGGUGGAAGAGAGAGAUUUAGCGAUAGGGAAUGUGAAUCCAUGGUGGAAAAGGCUUAAAAUGGGUCGGAUUGCGUAUUGGAGGAAUCAUGUUAUGGUUAAGGUUCUUGCUGCACUAGGAAUUGCUCCUAAAGGAACUGUGGAUGUUCAUGAUAUGUUGUGUAGAACUGCUGAUUAUCUUACAUGUGGUGGUGAGACUGGUAUUUUUAGUCCCAUGCAUAUGAUCCUUUGCAGGAAGCCUAUUGAUGCGGUCAAGUGGGAUGCUUGAUGUGAUUUGUUUGAUCUUGUCUUCUUUUUUCAUUAGGUGUUUAGAAGAAAUAAGAAAAAUAGUACUCCCUUCGUUUCACAAUAUAAGACACGUACGAAAUUUGAGGUCGAACUUCGACUGUUAAUUACUCUCAAUUUAUAUUUAUAGUCAAAGCAAAUUUUUAUAAAACGUGAAUGUCUUAUAUUUUGAAACAGAUAAAGCAAAUGAUAAUUGAAUGAUCAAUAUUGGCUCUUAUUUUAAGUUAUUCAUCUAGAUAUGAGGAAAAAAAUUGAGAUGUGGCAUAUAGUCUAACAUUAAGUACUUUUCUAAAAGUAAUUUCAAAUUACCGAUAUUCUAUCAGGAAUAUGGGAAAAUAUAAGAAUAUACUACCUUCAGUCUUUAUUAGUUUAUCUGUAUUUAUUUUGGGAUGUCCCUUAUUACUUAUUAGUUUACUCAUUUCUUUUGUUUUUGUUUUUUGGAGUAGGACCACUAACUUUCCAUUACACACAUCCAACUUCAAUAUAAAUUUUUUUUUUCUUUCUUUUUAUAUUCCACAACAUCAUUUCGACUCGAGGGAGUAGUUGAGAAACAAUUCCAACUUCAUCAAACAUUUUUAACUACAGAAGUUCAAAAUAAUGACCAAUGAGCUUUAUUUGCAUUAAUUAAAUCAUAUACCAAUCUAUUUUUAUACCAAGUUGUCAAAUACUCCUCUCUUUUCUUAUACUCUAAUUAAUUUAGCAAUUAGGCCGUCAAAUACAUAAACUACAAUGACUAAUGUUGCUUAUUAUAAAUGUAUACAUAUGCACAUUGAUCAAUAUAUAUGUGUUAAAAGUGAUCAUGGGUCGGGCCGAGCUGCAUCGUAAAAAUUCUCAUUGAUCGGGCUGGGCCAAAAUUUUGUGCCCAAAACAAAAAAAAUCAGGCCAGGCUUAGCACGACCGUGGGCCAAAAAUUUCCGAAAAUUCGAACCAGACUGAUUUGAUCUAAUCUAAUAUGUCUACCUUCCUCCUAUAUACACAACAAUAUAUUUUAUCCAUAUAUAUGGAUGGUAAAAAUAAAAUAAAAAAAAAGUCUAGAGGACUCCAAUACAAAGAUGAAAGUGACCAUAGGAAAAUUUGGAGUAAGGUUUGCUCAUCUAAAACCCUGUUCCGUUGAACUUAUUUUCAAUUCAAUUCAGUUAAAUAGUUCGUUGAGAUGGUGGUUGAUUCAACCUCAUCAAUCAUAUUACUAGCUUCAAUCAUUUUCUCAAUCUCUUUAAGCACUUCACUCAUUGACGUAGUUCAUCUCCCAUGUCUUGAAGACACUCCAUUGCCAGUUUCACAAAUUUCU